CAGUGCACCAUUUGUAAGUGCCUUCGUAUCAAGCAUCAUACGCAGCCAGAGUAUCAGAUAACUCCAAUUUGCAUUUUAGUCCCUUCUCUCUUUCUGCUACCAUCUUUCCCCUUCCUCUCACCGGAUCGUAGGAAAAGCUCCGCCAACCGCAGGUCUCUUAGGGAAUGAACACAAUGAAUCUUGCAACACUAUGCAGACGGGUAAAUCUCAAGGAGCUAGUUACCAAUGUUCCUGUAUAUGACAGUGUUAGCGAUGCAUGUGGAGGGGGACUGAGCUUAUUGUUCAGGCGUUGGGCUACAAAAAAGACAGCAGGAUCCACAAAGAAUGGCCGAGACUCCCAACCAAAGAAUCUCGGUGUAAAGAAAUUCGGUGGUGAGAGAGUAAUACCCGGGAACAUCAUUGUUCGUCAGCGGGGCACUCGUUUCCAUCCCGGCGAUUAUGUUGGAAUAGGGAAGGAUCACACCCUAUAUGCAUUGAAAGAAGGGAACGUGAGGUUUGAACGUAACAAGCUGACUGGCCGCAAGUGGGUGCAUGUCGAUCCCAAGGAAGGCCAUGUGCUUCACCCCAUCUACACAAACACAGCUCUCGAAGCUAGCGACAGCCAGUUGAAUCCAUCUCCUUGUUAGUACGGUGUCUCACCAUGGGAUGGGAGGCUUCUCAUAGGUAGGCUUCUUUCUAUAGUGCGUGUAUGACCUUCAAAUGAUUUUAUUUUUUUUAACCCUUGUCAAAGGAGGAUUUCUCCAUAAUGCUCCUAGCCAGGAUUCGACUAUAAAAUAGCAAAUCGAUCUGUGUUUUCUGUUUCUUUCAUAUACAACACAUUGGUGACUUCAUUUCUCUAAAAGGAAUUGUAGAGGUAUCCAUGGACCAAGAAAUAAGGUUUGAUUUUAGAGCA